UUGUACAGUGGUUCGACACAUACAAGGACGUGUUCUCUACAGAAAUUUCAACAAAUGGGAAAGCGACAGUCGCAGAAAUAGCUAGAUUACUCUUUAUGAAGAAAUUUUGAGCCUCUGGGCCUCAGCUUCACCGCAAAUUUCGGAAAAACAUGGGCUGUGGAUCAUCGCAAGCUGUUGCACCAGAACAGAACGCCAUUCGAAAUGGUGACGUAAAGAGAGAAUCACCCACAUUAAUGCGACCAAAUGAACAAGAGCAUCAACCACAGCCUGAGUUGAUACGACAAGAAACCCCAAAAGAAAAGAGGAAAGAUUCAGCGAAAUCAAGUUCUAGCAGCUCAAGUAGUAGCAGAUCAAGUAGUGCGAAAUCCAAGAAAAGCCGUCCUGAAACUGCUCCUGGUGGAGAUGCACCGGCUCAAAUCGAAAACCAGGAAUCUGCGCCAGAAACAGAAGCUCCUCAAUUAAAUAACAACAAAGAUAGCGAAGGGCCAGAGGUAGUAACAGCAGUUGUAGCUGAUGAAGUUGAGAAGAUCGAAGAGGCUCCGGACGAAACAACGACUCAAGGUGAAGGUAACACUGAAGAAAACGAAAAACAAGCAGAAUGGCAAGAACGCGAGAAACCGAAUUUCAGCGAGGACGUGCUGAAAGAGUUCGUGGAGGUAGAAAACCAAAUACAGACCUUGGAAAGAAAGGGCGUCGAGAAUGAAUAUCCUAUAAAACAUGCGCGGCUGGUGGAAUUGUACAAAAAACUUUCAGAGAAUACCGAGAAGGUUCAACAGCUCAAGGCUCAAACUGCCAAAGAGUACCAGGAUGUGGUAGAUGUGAGUACAGCAUUCAAUCUGCGGUCGUUCUUUGUCAGUGCUGAUCAACUAAAUGCAGAAGUAGCAAAAGAAAAGAGAGAGUAUGCAGAAGCAUUGAAUAAACAAGAAAUUGCAGAGCAAGAACUUGCAAGUCUCAGACAACAAUAUCAGAAACUGUAUGAUGAGACGAUAUCUGCUAAAAAAGAUCAAGAUGAGCUACAAAGCUUGAGGAAAAAGGAAGAAGAACUGUUGGGCUGUAUUUUCAAUGAUUCUUAUGGUAGUGACAAGGAAUGGAAGUUAGAAAUGGAACUUGACUUACUGGGAGAAAGGAAAACACGAAUCAGUACUGCAAAUACUCGCUGGCGUGGUGCUCAUUUAUGCCUUGAUCAUGCUUCAAGACAACUUAGUUGGAGUGCCAGACGCUGGGCACAGAUUUCAACAAACAAUGUUUCACUUCCAGUGGUCAAAUAUACUAUGGUUGCAGAAACAAGAAAUCAUGCUAUUGCAGCAAUCCAAAACAUCUCUACGGCUUAUGGAAGCCUCAAACCAGUGACUGCUCCUUACUGCACUCCAGAUGACCUAGAGGUUUUGAAGGCAAUUACCAACUCAAUCUUCAAUGACGUCAAUGUACCAGCAAACUACCAGAAGACAUAUAAUGUGCUCGCACAAAUUUUCUCCAAAUGUUCAAGUCUUCUUCAGUGGGUUAAUCGCGUUGUUGAGGAGACCAUCUCGAAAGACUUGGGCGAAGUGAAGAAGGAAUUCCAUGAAAAGUAUUAUGAACUUAAAGAGGAAAGAAUGAACCUGAUUAAAAGUACAGUGAAAGAAAAACUGGGAGUUGAACUAGAGAUGGAAGUAAAGAGAGAUGAACUGGUAGAUGAUGACUCCCAGGCUGAAGGAGCUGACAUUGCCAAACCAGGAGAAGUUGCCAAAGAGGAGGGAGAUGAUCAGGCUCCAGAACCAGAGGAUAAAGAAGGGUUACCUGCAGAUGCUCCACCCUCUGGGGAUGGAGAGACACAUCCCGAGGGGGAGCAGCCUCCAGCUGAGGCAGAAGCCUCAGGGGGAGACAGCGCCGAUGCCUCCAAACCUGUGCCCUUGUCUGAACUUGCCCCACCUCCAAACCAAGAAGAUCUCUUUGGUAAUAUUGAUCAGCUGAAGAAACAACACGAAGAGGAGCUUGCUGAGUUUGAGAAGCAGCAGGAAUUGAACAAGGCUCGCGUGGAGCAAGGCUUGCAGGAGAAGCUCAGAGCGCGACGAAGCAGGAGGCGUAAGAUGCAGGCUCAAGAGGCAGAAGCAAGUGCACUCUCUGAAGGGGAAGGUAGCAGUGAGCCGCCGCCACCUUCAGAAAUGGGACUCUAAGUAAUCGAGAUCUUUUCUUCCCUGUUGUGUAUUCCUUGGCAACUUGCGUGUACAGAGACAUUUGUUCACACGGUAAAAAGUUUUUAGACCUAAAUUCCUGUAGCACUGACGAAAGAUGAACGUCAGCUCACAGCUGUACGAUUCGCUGAUGUCCUUGCUGAUGUUGAUAGAAAGGGUUAAGUAAGCGUCAAAAACUGGUUUGUAGCAGGUAUUGUAACAAGUUAUUGCCUUGCGCAGUACGAGUAAGUAAAACUCUGCCCAUUUUUAGAUCACUCCCUCUUUUCUGAUGGAACAGGGCGAGAUGUUGUCGCAAUUUGGAUAGAUUUUCGGUCACUUGAUGUAAUAUCGAGUGUUUGCGAGCUGAGGUCCAGACGCUAUAUCCUUUUUUUUUUUUAAAAAAAUGUAAAUAGCCGCGAAGUAAUUUAUUUGCUCUUGCUAAGUCUUCGUAUGUAGAUAAUUUAAUCACGGUACGCAUUGUAAGUACAUUCUAUCGUCACUUGAUUGAACUGCACAAGAUAAAGUAUAAGUACAUUCCUUGAGCCGGCACUACCUACCGCACAGAGGCAUUGGCUUUGUUGCUAGUGUUGUGUUGUCUUAUAGAAUAUCGUAAACACAGUGUUUCUUCUCACUGAUUGUUAUUGGUUAACUUCUUAAUUUGUGGAAAAUUUGAAUUGAUCGAGGGAAUAAGUAAUAUAUACCUUAUUUUGUUAAAGAUCAGAGAAAAGAAUGAUCCUUUCUUUACGACCCUACCAUAUUUUACCAGUAAAGCUAGGGACAAAUGCGUUCUUUGAAGUUUGUUUCGUAUGAGAGAGAGAGAGAAAAGAAUAAUGCGAACAAUCGUGUAAUCGUUUGUGUAAUCAUGAGAAAAUAUUUGCAUUAUGUGGAAAGGAGGUCUUCCCUAUUUUUAUACAGGAAUUAUUUACGUAAAGCCAGGAAAUUACUCUUCCUUUAGCCUUUUCUAUUUAUUUUGUUUUGUUGUUCACUGAAAACUAGAUGUGCCAGGAUUAGUGCAUUUAACAAAAAAUUAAGUUAACAUUUAAAAUUUGGCAAAUUAGAGCUGAAUCUAAUUUGAAUCACAUCGACAUUGAUUAACUAUUGCAGUAACAGAUCAAGAAUUGGCCAAGGAAGAAGUCAUUUUAUGUGUUAUAGUUUCGAGUUUCGAUUGUAAAUAGUCUUUUUUUAGUGUUUCAUUCAGGUCUUAACUUAAAGAUGUUAAAGUGGUUUAGUGGAACUUGACAUGUCUCGUUUGUGAGACUAAAUAAAUAGAAAUGUAAUUGAGA